AUGGAGCACUCCACAAUCCGCACCCUCGUCAUUAUUGAGCUAAGGCCCUACAGAUUGCCUUAUCCCUUACAAUGCAUCGAGCCUUGGUCCAGCAUGUUACAAACUUGCCACUUACCUCGCGGAUACUUAAUGAAUCAAGCUAGAGGCUAUCUGACACAUGGCCAGCCUUACGAAACAAUAGUUCUGCCCAUCCUUCCCGGAGCUUACAAUCAACUGCCCUACCCCCACCAUCAUUUUGCAACACUAAAAGCAGCCUUACAUCCAAACAGCAUGCCCUCAGCUUACGACGCAACGGCAACCGGCAGCGGUCUUGUCAGUGACUUAGCCUCCAAUAUCAAGGGCAAGGUAGUCUUGACCACCGGUGUUUCUCCAGGUGGCCUGGGCGCUGGCUUCGUUGAGGCCAUUGCCAAAGCUUCGCCCUCCCUCCUCAUCUUAGCGGCGCGCAGUACCGCCAAGGCUGAGCAGACGGCGCAAACAAUCAAAGCCUCCAACCCCGCCGUCGACACCAAGGUCCUCGAGCUGGACCUCGGCUCCCUCUCCGCCGUUCGAAAGGCUGCCGAGACCGUGCUCUCAUGGGACGAUGUGCCCUUCAUCGACGUGCUCGUCAAUAACGCCGGUAUUAUGGCUGUAGAUUACAAGCUGACUCCUGACGGCUACGAAAGCCAGUUCGCGACAAACCACCUCGCUCAUUUCCUCUUCACCAAUCUCAUCAUUGAUAAGCUUCUGGCGGCCAGUGCACCUCGCGUCGUCAAUGUGAGCAGCGAUGGCCAUCGCCUUGGCCAUGUUCGCUGGGAUGACUAUAACUUCAGUAACUCCGAGACGUACAACAAAUGGGUGGCAUACGGCCAGUCCAAGACGGCCAACAUGCUGUUCUCUCUUUCCUUGGCCGAGAAGCUCGGCAAGCGCGGUCUCCUCUCCUUUAGUCUGCACCCUGGCGUCAUUGGCACCAAUCUCUCCAACCAUGUUGAAUGGGGCAAUGACUUUGCCGGUCUGACGACCAUCGACCGUCUUCUUGGAAACAAGGAGGGUUGGGCAGACUUCAAGUGGAAGACCCUCGACCAGGGCAUCGCAACUCACGUUUACGCGGCUUUCGAGCCGUCUUUGAAGGACAAGAACGGCGUUUAUUUGGAGAACUCGCACAUCGCCGACCCCUGGGUCGAGACGGUAAAGCCAUGGGGAACCAGCCCCGUUGAGGCUGAAAGGUUGUGGAAGUUGAGCGAGAAGCUGGUUGGGCAAGAGUUCAAGCACUAG